UGCAGUGGUUUUGAAUUUGAAGCAAAACUGGAUUAAACCAUUAUGAAGUCUAUGGGGUUGUUGUUGUUGCUGUUGCUUAGUGGUCACACUGUUGUUAGCCAUGCUUGGAAACCUAUAGUGGGCCAAGCUACAGCUAAUGCUGCCAUAACGGGCUCAAAGGCAGCAUCGGCUGCAUUUACAAGUUCAUUUAGUCUACAACAGUCACAUCCCGAAUAUGGCAGCAAAACCUCAUAUGUGUCGGACAGUGAUACUAAGGAAGUGCAACAGCCAUUAGCUGAUGAAUUAUUGGCGGUAAAACAUAGUUACAAGCCAGCCGUUGAGGUGUUACCAGUGCCAAGUUCUAUUAACUUUGGCGAUGCUAGAUUUGGCUACAAGCCCUCAGGAUACGAAGAGGACCAAUGUUCUUUAAAAAAAUAUGCCUUCAAUCAAGAUGGUGUGGUGAACUAUGACAAUAAAAUUCCGGAACUGUCACAAUUUACAAUUUGCUUUUGGAUGCGUUUUACCAAUCACAGUGGCGAUCAUGUCAUUUUAACUUAUUCAUCUGAGGACGAACAUAGAGAUUUUCAAUUUUGGGUUGCGAAUGCAAAAAAUUCCAGUUUUUUGUCGAUGGCUAUAAAAGGUCAACAAGUGUAUAGACUGAAUUAUCCAUUGAGGGUUCGUCAAUGGCAUCAUAGUUGUACAUCAUGGAAUGGCAAAACGGGUGAAUGGCAGGUUUGGCUAAAGGCAGAACGUAUUGGACGCGGUUUCCACAAUGCCUUGGUGGGCCAUAAAAUUCCGCCCAGUGGUAAGCUAUAUUCCGGUGGUACUUCGGUUACCGGCAAAAUUUGUGACGGCCUACACUUUGAAGUCACUUUAGUGCAAAUAUAUCGAGUGGCACUUAGUGCGGGCAAAGCUCAUCGUGAUCAUAAGCAUCAUCACGCACAUCACUUCGAUCAUGAAGGUCAGGAAAUUCAACUCACCACAAAAGCACCACCACCAGUAAAUCGACCUCAACCAAUGCAUGCGCUCUUGGCAAAUGGACAAAUACCUACACGUGUACGUAUUAAUCUAGCACAAGCUGGCGCUGGCGAUGCAUCUGCAGCAGCUCCUGGCAGCCAAGCUGCUCAACAGGGUUUAACCAUACAUACGAACUUUAUUAAUGGACAAAUCAAUGUGGGCUCUCGUUUGGUGGCCCAGCAACUUGUAGGACUUAAUCACAAAUUGGCAACACAAAGUGUUAACAGACAGGCCGUUUAUGAUCCUUCAAAUCCUUCAAAUGUCCAGUUUGUAGAUGAAACCGAGACACGCAUACUCUUCAAACGUCAUGCCGCCAGCUCGAGAACAAAACCGGACAGCUCAGCUAAAAAUGAGGAUAAAAAUCUUAAAAAGCGCGGCUUAGUAUUUCUGGAGGAUGGCAGUAUAGUGAAUGAUCCUUUGGUCGAAGGCAGUAGCGGUGAUUACAAAUAUGAUGGCUUGGCUGAAUUUGGCGGCCAACAGUUUAAGCAUGAUUUAAGUGACAAAAUUAAUAUUGAAGAUGAAAUCAUGGAACACGAUCGCGAACCAGCCGAGGAAGAAGUUAAGGCCGUCAUGGGCUUUUGUGAUGCCUGCCAAGUAGAACCAUUCCAAGGUGCCAUAGUAUUUGCUUGGAAAGAUGCCCACGAGAAACUGGAUAAUGUUUUGAAGGGUUAUAGUGUAGGUGGCUGCGGUCAAUUUUAGUUAAAUUUUAUAGUAUAAAUAUUAUUUUUAGUACAAGUAGUUAAUGAUGAAAUCUGUUAAUUUGUAGUUGUAUUAUAAAAUCAAGCAGUUUAAUUGUGUUUUUGUUUUAGCCACUAGUCAGGGAACGCACAGAAUUUUAGUUUAAACAAUAAAAACGUUCGUUGGUCUAUUCAAGUUAAAGACUCAGAGGGUUUAUAUCGAUCUAUCUACAUAUACAUUUGUAUCCAUGUAAUAAUACUUAUGCUUAUACAUAUACAAUAUACUUACAUACAUAAUUAUUUAAUAAAUUUUUAAGCAAACAAAACAAA